CUCAAGCCUUGUUUCUUAAUUUCUCUCCUUCCAGACCAUUUCUCACUUCUCAGCCAUGGCUUCCUUCGCCAUCCCCAUUCAGUGUAGUGCUCCAUCCCUUCCACGCAUGGCCACCAAAACUCGGUGUAGUGUUCCAUCGCGUGGACGCGUGGCCACCAAAAUUCGCUGUAGUGUUCCAUCCCUUCCACGCGUGACCACCAAUGUCAGGAGGGUUCCUGUUGCUCCUUUAAAGCUGGAAGAUGACAGGAGGCCUCCCACAAAUCUAUACACGGCUGAGGCACCUCAUACAGCUACCAUUCUUUCUGUCGAAAAGAUUUCGGGUCCGGAAGCUGCUAAUGAAACUUACAAUAUCGUGUUUGAUCAUGGUGGUCUUUUGCCCCACUGGGAGGGACAAGUUUUUGGUGCAUUGCCCGCGCCGAGCGAAAAUCCUUUCGAACCAGGAGAUGCCACAAAGCUUAGUUACUUUUCUGGUGCUUCUUCAAGGUAUGGAGAUUAUUUUAAUGAUAGAACAGCUACCUUAUGUGUGCGCCUUGUCCCUGGUACCACCAGCGAGCUCUUGUGCAAUUCCAAACCUGGAGAUAAAUUUCAAUUUACAGGCCCCGUUCGCGAGGCAAUGCUUUUGGGUGAUUUUAGCCCGAACGCUACUCACAUAUUUGUGGCUACUGGGACUGGCGUUGCUCCGUUUAGAGCUCAUCUCCGUCGUUUCUUCAAAGAAGAUAUUCCAACAUUCAGAUUCUCUGGACUUGCUUGGCUAUUCCAUGGGGUUGUCAAUUCCGAUAGUCAACUCUACGGCGAGGAAUUCGAGCAAUAUCUGAAGGACAACCCAGAAAACUUCCGCUACGACGUCGCAUUCAGCAGAGUCCAGCAAAAGAAGUACGUCCAGGACGCUGUUGCGGAUAAAGCUGAUGAAGUAUUUGAUCUCUUGCUUAACGGAGCUUACAUUUAUUUAGCUGGUCUCCAGGGCAUGGUGAGUCCAAUUGAAGAAGCCUUAAAGAUAGUUGCCGAGAAGAAGCAACUGGAUUGGGAAGCUGUACUAGCAGCAUUGAAGGCGAACAACCAAUGGCGCGUUGAAGUCUACUGAUCAUGUCGUUGGACUCGUGUGUGAUAAAUGUAUGCAUUGAUCAUGUGUGCGUGCUCUCUCUUCUUUCUUCCCAUUCUGUCACUAAAGACGGAAAUAAAAAGUAACUUGAGUUGUAGCUUUCAUCUUUGUUGUUGAAUAAUGAAGAGAGUAAUAAAAUUGAUCAUCAUGUUUUCAUCCUUA